AUGGGUUGGGACGAGACGACGAAAAACCCCAACCGAUUGUGAAAGAGACCAAGAAACCGUAGCAGCUCCGUCUUCGCAGGAACUAUGGCUGUCGAAGCUGACUCAUCUGGAGGCUCCGAUGAAGUUCAUACCGACGUUCUAUCGGAAUCAAGACAAGCUUGCUACAAGGCUCGCGAUGCUUUUUAUGCUUGUGUGGAGAAGGAAUCUGAUAAAAAACCUACUGAAAUUGCUUCUGUUGGCCUUAUUUACCCUGCCGAGUGUAAAGCUUUGAGAGCUGAUUAUGUCAAACUUUGCAGAGCUUCUUGGGUGAAGCAUUUUGAUAGGAAGUUUUGUCAGAACAGUAGGGUUCAAAGACUCCUAGAUGACAAAGAUUUGAGGAGAGGUCCGUUGAUACUUCCUCAGCCUUACACUUUUAAGCCCACUAAUUAAACUAAAAACAAUCCCUCCGGAUCAACAUUGGGCGUUAUCUCGUGAGGAAGGCAGCAUUGAACCAGGAGGCUCCAUAGCACUGAAUACUGAUUGGAUGUGACUUGGGAGUAAGACUGCUGAUUGAAAUAGGUUUUCCAGACGUGGUAAGACCGUGAGCCCUUGUUAAGGAACAACCUUUGAUUAAUGAGUCUUUUUCUUCUCCUCCUAGAAAAUUAGGAUAUUUUUUAGGGGGUGUUUGGUUCACCGACUUCAUAAGCCAACGUUAUUUAACUCGACCGUAUCAACUUUAAUAGUAUUCACUAUUGAAGUUUACAUAUUUAGUAAAGAAAUUUCUCUCCUUUUUUCUAA